GAGUGAAUUGCUGCUGCAUUGCUGCCUUUUUGUAGUUGCACACACAAUUGUAGACAGGCUCGUGCGCGUCCCCAAGUUCUAAAGAACGUUACAGUUUAUUAUUAUACCUUUUUACCCUACAAGUCACGCGCUGUGUGUGUGUGUGUGUGUGUUUGCGUGCAAGUGGGAUUUGCUGGAAUACAAAAGAAAUACAUCAAUUUCUGCGAUGGACGCGUCAGAUCGAUUUUUCAAUCAAAUGUGGGCGAGGCAUAUCAAAUUGCUUUCUAGUGGAAGGAAACCAGCUCUAUCCUUACGUCGAAAAAAAAGUUCACCGGGGAUCCAUCACGAAGCUAAUGGCGAUUACAAACUGUCAUUCGACAAAUCUAUUUCGUUAUAGCUUUGGCCUGGGACAUACAUCAACCGUUCCCUGACGUCAACACUUCGAUUGGUUUCCUUCCGAGUGACCUGGACGCAGGAGGUAAGGAAAUACUUGGAGUCAAUUCAUAUCGUUCAAUUUAACAGCAAGGUGGUGCACAAAAGUUUCGCCUGGAAAUGUGUUAGUCCCAAUAAGUACGACGUUAAGAGUGGGUUUGAUGGAACACAAUGCCAACUCGAGGAAUAAAAGUGGCAGCGAACGAAAUCGUUAGAGACCCAAGAGUUUUGGAAUGCAAUGACACUGGCAGGAAGUGCUGGAACUGGAGUAUCUUCCCAAUAAUCGCCUUGUCCUGCUUUAUAGGAGUCGAUUUAAGUCAACCGUCAAAGUCCGGUCAAAAAUGGAAGACAGCAUUUAGCUUUCUUAGUCUAAUUAUCCAUGCAGCUCUCACGGCGCACGCUUCAGUAAUUAUUCACGGGCAAUUAUAUCAAAUGGCUAACAUUUAUUUCGGAGAAGGUGGAAACCAUUCCAGGACUUUCGUGUGGAAUAUAAUCAUCGAUUUCGUCAAUUUCGAAGUUGGCUGCUUCAUUAUCCAUUGGAUGCUGUUUUUUGUUGUGAGGAAGAAAUGGCGCACAUUGAACAAGGCUUUCCAAUGUCUUAGUCCUCUCUUCGACGAUGAAUUUUACCAUCGACUCCGACGGCUAUCGUUUGCUGGAGUAGCACACGCAGUUUUGUGGAUUAUUUGCUUGAGUAUCACUGGGACCAUAACUUCCGUCAGUGCAAACACACCGUUUACGCUAAAACUGUUGACGGUUACUGGAACACUCUUACAGUUUUAUCCAACCCUCGGCAUUGUCUUGUUUACUACCGUCAGUUAUGCAUCCUCACUCUCGUUUCAGUCAAUCACGUCAAAGCUAAACUGCAAUGGACAUCUACAGGCGUGUAAUCUAUCGAAUUCUGACGUCAUUGUCCUUAAACGUUACUACGUUUCAGCUUGCCAGGCAGUCGACAUCAUCAACGAUUGUUUUGGGUGGCUCCUUCUGCUCGUCGUACCACAUUUGUUUAUUUCCGAAAUUAAUGUAACCUUUUAUUGGUUUGGCAACCUCAAGAAGACAGCUUCCGUUUCCGGAUUUCUGUUUUUCGUCUUUCAACUCGUCAACAUCUUUGUCAUUUGCAUUUCAUCGGAUUGUAUUCGUGUUGAGUCGGAUAAAGUGUUGAAACAGCUGCUUCGCUUGCGAAUGAAAUCCGAAAAUAAUACGUACAGAAAGCAGGUCCACGAAUUGAUUCUACAUCUAGCUCUAACCUCUCCUCGAAUUUCUGCACUUGGUUUAUUUUACGUCGGUAAAAAGCUAAUUCCUACGAUGAUAGGAACGACGCUGACGUACUAUUUCAUUCUUCACCAAUUUCGUUCGUUGGAAGAGAAACCUUAAAGAAUUCGCGAAAUUCCUUUUUAUUUAUCGACCAUAAACAGUUAGUAGGUAAUAGGUUUUUUUAUGUUCACGUCAUAACGGGUUGCAAUUACGAAAUGAAAGUACUCUAUGCCAUCAUGAAUGAUUUAUUCAACCCAACCCCAUAAAUGUCAGCUGUCACAUUGUAAUGUCGUUAAUGGAUUACCGUGCAGACAAACAAAAUGGCAAAAAAAAAAAUGUCAUCAACUUAUACUAUCUUAUUAGCACUUAGUGUGGAAUGGUGGUUCAAGAGAGGUCUGCAAGAAACGAAGCAGCCACAAUGUCUGAGAAAGACUGGUUGUGGAGUAUCAAACCACUGGUCUCAUGGUUAAAGUGGUUAGGUGUGAAUCUUUCAAAUAGAAAUCAAACUGAUUCUUGUCAGUACCUUAACUUGUACAGCAUUUUUUGUCUAUUGAUCUCCAUCCUUUGCCAAGGGAUUUGUUUAGAUUAUGUGGUAAGACAUCACAAGGAGUUAUCUAACACUCUUGUUUCCGAUAAUGGCUUCAACUCAGACGCCUUUGCAUGGAACACUUCGCUAGACUUUGUCAACUUUGCUGCACACGGUCUUGGAUGCCACAUCGUCCUAGUAUCUUUUUUCGCGGGUCGAUGGAAUUUAUUAGUAAAAGCUUUCCAAGAUUUGGAAUCAUUUCUGAGUGCAGGCUUUUUCGUUGGAAUCCGGAGAGCAUCCAUUUUUGGAGUAUGCUGGGUUAUAAUUAUGAAUGCCACAUUAUUUUUCAUACUCGGUUCUUACCACAUCAGCAAUGGAUCGCCUUUCCCGGUCUUGUGCUGUGCUUUGGUGUCCGUUCUCUCACAAGUACUUCCCAUCACCGCCAUUUUUUUAUUCGCUGUUAUUAGCUACGCUUCGUCGAAUGCCUAUCAAACAAUUCUAUGGGAACUAAAUGUUUUUAAGAAUCAACCAAUGGACAAAGAACAUUACGAUCGCCUUACAUCUUUAAAGAGGCAUCAUGUGCUGGUCUGCGAAACUGUUGACCAUAUAAAUAACUGCUUUGGAUGGAUCCUGGGAAUAUCUCUAGUAUUUCAUUUUGUUUCUAUCAUAACUGCAUCCUUUUACUUGUUUGGAAAUGAAAGGGAACGUUGGACACUACUAGAACACAUGGAACUAUCCUUUUUCAUUUCGCAAAUUCUCCAUAUUUUACUCAUCUGUUAUCCACCAGAUUUGAUCCAGGAAAAAGCUGACGCUAUUUUGAACGAACUUAUUCAAAUGCAAAUUGAAAUGAGAGAACCACACAAGUCUUUGGCCAAUGCAUUUGCGCUUCAAGUGGACCAUUUCUUUCCAGAAGUCACGGCGGUCGGUUUCUAUCCCGUAAGCAGAAAAAUCAUUCCCCAGAUAAUGGGGACGACACUCACAUACUUUAUAAUUCUUUAUCAGUUCCACUCGUCUGAGAAACAAUAAUAGAAACUGGUUGUGGAGUCAUAAACCAUAGGUCACAUGUCUAAAUGGUUAGGUGUGGAUCCUUUUCAGUGGUCAUUGUAUUGCCCAGCAUCUCCAA